UAGUGAUUCUGGAGAGUUCCAAGGCUUUGCGUCCGGAGGCGAGAGAGGAGAAAAGCUCUGUUUUUUCUCUCCUCUUCUCUCUCCGGUUUUCAUCUAAGCUCCUCUUCUCUUCUACGUCACCGAUCGAAACCCUAAGUUUCCCUAGUCUUCCCUUCGAGAAUGCAGUUUUGAUUGUUCUUUUCUACGUCACCUAUCGAAACCCUAAGUUUCCGUAAUCUACCCCUCGAGAAUGUAGUUUUUUGUUUUUGUUUUUUUUCUUUCAAAAUCAUUCGAAUCUCCUUGGUAUCAUACGCGCAUAUACUCCGCUGGCGUAUUUGUGUAAGGAUAUUGAUUUGCAUCUGCGUUUCUGUUUCUUGGUGUUUGGUAUUUGUUUGUGAAAUUCGUCGAAAAUAAAGAAAAAUCAUCGAAGCUUCGGAAUUAUCUGUCUGUUUUGCUUCGUGGGUUUGUGUCGGAGGAAGAAGAAGAGAUGUCGGGGAACGGUGGCGAGAAAAACAACGACAAUCUGUAUGCUGUUUUGGGUUUGAAGAAGGAAUGUACGGUGACAGAGCUCCGUAGCGCUUAUAAGAAGCUCGCUCUAAGAUGGCAUCCAGAUCGCUGUUCGUCCUCGGGGAAUACGGAGUAUGUGGAAGAAGCAAAGAAGAAAUUUCAGGCAAUUCAACAGGCCUAUUCUGUUCUGUCUGAUUCGAACAAGAGGUUCCUGUACGACGUUGGAGCUUAUGAUAGUGAUGAUGAUGACCAGAACGGAAUGGGCGAUUUCUUGAGCGAAAUGGCGACUAUGAUGAGCAAAUCUAAGCCUAAUGGGAAUGCAGAGGAGAGCUUUGAACAGCUACAAGAGCUGUUUCACGAAAUGUUCAACGCAGAUACUGAGGCGUUCAGGUCGUCUUCUUCACGUUCUACCUCGACUUUUAAUACUUCUUGUAGUGUUAGCUUUGACCCGAAAGACCAGCAUUCGUCUGAAACAAGUUCAGAGAGAACGAGUUUGGACGAUCACUUUGGAUUUGAGGCCCGUCCUCACAGCUUCUUCUCCUUGGGAGUGGAACACCAGCAAGAUUUCAAGAAAGGAAAGGCGGUAAAAGGCGGCGGCGAUGGCCGGAGAAACAGGAGGAAGCAUAAGGUUUCGUCCUCGGGGCACGAUGUUUCGUCAUCGUCCUCAAACAACUACGGAGUCCCCACUUCGUAAAAACGUGACGAGCACUCUGUUCCGCUUGCUCGAACCUAACCGUUGAAAGGGGAUGAACAAGGGCGGUUGUGUCUGAAUCCGACGGUGGCCUUGUUUCGUUCAUCCGGUGGUGGAUUCGACUUCAGGCUUUAGGGUUAGCUCUCUGGUUCUUUUGGAUCUCUUUGAAUUUGUCAGCAGAAUUUGUCGUCUUAUAACGUGUUACACUAUUGAAGUGUUCGUUAAGAAGAGAUUCUGAUAUAAUAUUCCUUCAAGCGUAUGGGGGUUUUUUGGUAAA